CUGGCCAAGAGCUUUGUAAAAGCAAAGGAGCUGGGCAAAAUGCUGGUGGACUGUUGUACAGACUCUGACGGUUGUGCAGUGGACAGGGCCAGAGCCUGGUGUGAAAUGAUCGACACCAUCUACCACAGACUCAGUCCCCAGCUGUCUCAGGAGGUCCUGCUGGAUGAGGUGAGCGACGCGGUCCUGGUGGACAUUCUGUGGGAAACCCAGAUGUACCUGUAUGAGAAGAGGGAGAUCCUCCAAUCUCUGGCAAAACUACUACUGGAGAACUGACAGCAAGAGAAAACCACGAGUAGAGGGAGAGUGUUUGAGCUCGGCUCUAAGAGCAGUACUGCCAUUUGUCUUGAUUCAGGACUCUAAUGUUUGUGUUGCUGUGUUUCAUCUUUACAAAAAAUAAAUAAAAUAAGACUAAUAUGUGAGUUCACAGCAACACACGUUCAAAACAUGGCAGGAACUAAAAACUGAUACAGGAAACAACAGAGUCUCUGUAGCCUAUUGAAAGGCCACGUAUGUAGCAUCUCGAAAGCCGUCAUUACUGUGGUUUACUAGGUUUACUCCUUGUAUGUGAGUUGAAGGAGAGGCUGGUUUUCAUUUCUUCAGCUGGUACAUACAGGGGAAAUGUUAAGAGGAAGUGGUAUUAACUGAAUCUAAAGAUGAAUAGCCCACGCACUGACACCUCUCCACAGUGUCUGAGAUAAAAGUCUCCUCCUCCUUCCUUUUUCACUGGUUCCCAAUUUUCACCCAACAAAAAAUUGCAAAGAAACAAUAUAUAGUGUUUUUACUAAUGCCAUAUUAUUGAAUCUGUGAUACAAGCAGAAAAUCUGCAUUUUGCUGCAGUGUAGUUUGGAUGAUG